AUGGCGAUGGAGUACCCAAGUUGUAUAGAACCUCCUAAAGAGUGUCCAAAUGAGAAUGUGACAUUCUGGCUAUAUACAAGAACAAAUCAGGAUAACCCCCAUCAAUUACGGCCCGAUGACGAUGACUCCAUUAAAUCAGCACCUUGGGUCCAAGAAGCGCCAAUCAAAAUUUUAAUACACGGGUACACGGGAAAUAAAGAUUAUUCACCAAAUUCAGAAAUACGCCCUGCGUACAUGGAAUGCUGUGACUACAACGUUAUAUCCGUCGACUACAAUCCAAUCGCACUUGAACCAUGUUACCAAUCUGCUGCUAAAAAUACUGAGCUCGUUGGAAUGUGCACAGCGCAGUUAAUAGACAAGAUGGUCCAAACAUUCUCCUUCGACUUAUCUAGGUUCCACGUGAUAGGGUUUAGCCUUGGAGGCCAUGCUGCUGGACAAGUAGGAAAGCACUUGAGAUCUGGGCGAUUGGAUAGAAUAACAGGCUUGGAUCCUGCCUUACCGCUCUUUGUCACAAGAAAUCCAAAAGUUAAACUCAGCCCCAGUGAUGCUACCUUUGUUGACGUACUUCAUACAAAUGCUUUAGAAAGAGGAAAAGUGGAAUCUUGUGGCCAUGUAGACUUUUAUGCCAAUGGAGGGCUGACACAACCUGGAUGUUAUGAUACAAUAGAACGAUCCAAAUCAUCAUGUGACCACGCCAGAGCCCCCGCAUACUACGCGGAGUCUAUCAACACAGACGUGGGGUUCUAUGGGACCAGGUGCUUUUCUUGGAUUGCAUACAUGAUCGGAUGGUGCGAGCUCAAUGACCCGAACGAAGAAGUUUUGUAUGGAGAAUACGUACCUUUGAAUGCUUCUGGCUUGUAUUUCUUUAGUACAAAUUCAAAACCACCGUAUGCGCGUGGUCGAAACAAAAUGCAAACUGAAGGAUCUGAGUAUUAAUGAAAACACCC